UGAUGAUUUAAGAGUAUGUCCGUCAGGGUACACGUGUUGUACAGUCAAUAUGGAGAGUGUUCUAACGCAGACAAGUAGCGCAGAAUUUGAAAACAUCGUUUACGACAAGAGCAGUUUACUCAGAGAUUAUUUCAUUAGAAGGACAGAAAGAUAUGAUAAUUUCAUCAAAGAGCUUAUUGUGAAUUCACAAGCCGAUCUUGAUGACAUGUUUACAAGGACGUAUGAUUCGCUUUAUGAGCAAAAUAAAGAUUUGUUUGAAGAUCUUUAUACAAACUUCAGGAAUUAUUAUUAUGGAAGAGACAUCGAUCUUUCAGAGGUAAUGGGUGACUUCUUCAAUCAGUUAUUUGAGAGGAUCUUCCAGCUUCUCAACCCUCAGUACAAGUACACCGAUGACUUCUGGAGCUGUACCAGGCAAGAUGUGAUCAUGGAGAGUCUAAAACCGUUUGGCGAUGUGGCCAAUACCCUCAUCGAUAGGGCCAAGAAGUCAUUCGUUGCUGCGAGGACGUUCGGCCAGGGACUUGGUUUUGGACGUGAUGCCAUCACGAGAGGAUCAAAGGUUGAGCCUACACCAGAAUGUCGGAAAGCGUUAAUGAGAAUGUCAUACUGCCCUCAUUGUAAAGGUAUCCCAUUCGUAAAGCCAUGCCACUCCCUCUGUCUUAAUAUCAUGAAAGGAUGUCUAGCCAGCCAAUCAGAGAUGGACGCUGAAUGGAAUUAUUAUAUUGAUGCCAUGACGAGUCUCGGUAAUAGAAUGGAUGGAACACUGAACAUUGAAACCUUCCUGCUCACUCUGGAAAUUGAGAUCUCCAAUGGCAUCAUGAAUAUGCAAAAUAAUGGCCUCUCGAUAUCAACAAAGGUGUUCAAUGGAUGUGGUAUUCCACCUCUGUCGAGGAAUCGUAGAGAGACUAAUCCCGAAGAAACCGGAGCGUCGCAGCCUGCUGCUCCCGCUGACGAAGACCUCAUGAUGGAAGAAGACGAAGGAGAAAUCGUCACGGAAGCACCGGCUGUAGUGGUACCGUCGAAAGUCCCGAAAAGCGAGAGCAACGAAACCAAAGCAACAUCAUCAGGGUUGAAUGGAAGACAAGGGAGGAGAGGGCAAGGAGAAAGAGCAAGUGGUUACAGGUACCCCGCCCCCACUACAGCGGCCGGUACCAAUCUAGACCGUCUGAUCAAGGAUGUCCUGAAGAGGCUACGGGACAGUCGUCCAUUCUGGUCGGCACUGCCCUACAUGAUCUGUGAUGACACCAGUAUAGCAGAGGAAGUAACAUCGACAUCAGAGGAUAAUUGUUGGAAUGGAGAGAGAGUUGGGAGGUACGAGCAAGACAUAGUGGGCAGUGGUAUUGCCAACCAGAGGAAUAACCCGGAGGUGAUGGUAGCGUUAACCAAACCUGUAGCAUCCAUCAGGAUACAGAAAGAAAGAUUAGAGACAAUCAUUGAUAUAUUACAACUCGCUCAAAAUGGAGACGAUGUUCCAUUUGUCGAUCACCAGGGUUUAGAAGAUGGUAGCGGUUCAGGGAGCGGUAGCGGGUCAGGCGAUGGCUCUACGGGUCCUGACGACAAUCUUUUCCCAUUCAGUACAGAAUUUGAAGAUCCUAUUUACCGUCCUACAAGACUGCCCUCUGGGGGCGAACCAUCGGCCAUCCACAGAGUCACAUCGCUUUUCCUUUGUGUUGUCAUGGCAACUGUGGCGUCCCUCCUCAGAUGGUGAUAGUUCCAAACUUUAUUUUUUUACCAUCCUCUUCAUUUUGUAUGUUUUUAUUUGGACUCCUUACGAAAAGUCUCAACUUCCAAAAGCUGCAGGACCUCCCUUCCAUGAUCUCACCCAGUAUCACAUGACUAUGAGGUCACGAGAGAGAGAACGCAAAAAAGGGGAGUGAUUCCAACAAAACGGCAUCCCUAGACAAUCCAAGGAAAAUAGAACUGCAUUUUUUGUUGGCUGCAACUUUUCUUAAGGUGCCUGUUUUUAGUGUCUGUUCUCUUUUUUGGUGUAUUGUUAUUUUAUCAUUGAGAAGCAGACAUUUUGAUUUUUUUAUAUUAUAUAUAGACACAUGCAUAUCCUCUAACUUAAUUUGGACAGAUAUAUUGCAUAGAUUUUAAUUUGUUACAGAAAAUCAUGAAGACCAUGCCUAGAGGAAAAAUUUAACUUUAAAUGAUAGUACUAAUGAAAAGACUUAAUGAAAAUUGUGAUUUGUUCAGAAGAAGAAAAAAAAGAAAGCGGUAAAAUUCCUCUUGACAUGUUACAUUUGAUGAAAAUAACCGGGAAAGAUUCUAAGAUGUGAGUGGAAUAAAUUUCAUGGGACAUAAAAUAAUUUGGUCUUCCAAAAUAACAUAACAAUAAGACAAUCCGCUUCACAAUCAGAUAAAAUUUUAUCAAACAACAUUUUUAAAGACUGCCUUUCAAAUGAUAUAUUCUUUUUUUUUGUAAUGAGGUCACAGUAUUGUUAUUGAAGUGUCAUAGUAUGCGGGGCUGAAAUUCCUAUUUGCGUCUGGGCCAAAUGUCACCCAACCUGUUUUCAAUUAGUGAAACAAUGCCCUGUUCUUCAUUAUUAAUAACCUUUUGUUAUUUCCUCCCCAUUAAACCCUAGUUUUGAGGUACAAACAGAUCAUGAUUUUGAUAUUAAUUGGUUUAAUACAGUACUGUUUAUUGGCUGCUGAUAUUGAUUGAUAAGGUGAAAGGUUGUAGUAGCUAUGAAUGGCAGAAGACUCGUUUAUGCAAACGAUCAAGUCUUAGAUCGGACUUAAUGUAAACCAAAGAAAUAUCUGUUUUUUUAAUCAUCAUUAAUGAUUUGGCGGGAUCCAUAAUUCUUAAAAUGAUGUCAUACCCCUCAACUAAUAUGGACCAAAAUAAUUGAAACCCUUCUGCAUCAUGGUAUGUUUAUUUGGUGAACUUCACAGAUAAUGACCCUAGUCAUGAAUGAAAAUAUAUAUUGUCUACCCCUUAACACAUUGAUUUAUUACUUCUGAUACAGGUAAAAGAAUUCCACCCUUGGCUUUCUGAAUAAUAGGCCUUUCUUAGGCUAUUCAGUAGGUAUAUGUCUCUCCCAUUUUAGUAAGAUAGGAGCUUUAUUUAAAAAGAAAUAUUGGUAAUGUUGAUAAAUCAUUUGUAACCCAAAGAACAGCAUUGUUCCACACAGCAUUGCAUUGUCAAAAGCUGAUAGCCAUUGAUAAGUAUCUUGUUAUUUUAUAAAUGAUUCAACUUUUUUUUUUACUGCAAAGAAGUCCACCUCUAUGAAAUGCAGAGAUUUAUCAUUCAUUUUAUGCAGUAUUCUGUCCAUUCUAUAAUUUUUCAUCCUGUUUUAUAGGUGUUUCUCUAAUUUAAUCAUUGUCUGAUUUAAUUUCUAUUGAUCAGAAAUAUGUACAGAUUGUUAUAGAAAGCUUUGAUUCUAUGUACUAAAAAAAUAAUGUGAAAUUAGUCUUUUUACUAUGAUCUGGAUGUACAAAUUUGAUGUCUUGAAAAUUGAUUAAAUUUCUUGUAAUUGCCAAUUUUUCAAAGAGAAUGAGAUAAAAUAAUAAUAAUAAAAAGAUUGUUCCCACAAAUUGCAGACAAUUGAUUCAGCUUUCAAUAUUCAAGUGUAGAGGGGUGGUGAUUCACAGUGAUAUAAGUCUUACUGAAUGUAUUGCUUACUGCCUAUCAGCACAUGAUACUCAAAGUGAUGCUGAAGUGCACAAAUUCACAAAGCCAUUGAUGAAUGUUCAUUAGAGCAUGAUUUGAGCAUGAUCUAACCAAAUCAAACCCCCCAAAAUAGAAAAUAGCCAGGGGGGUGUUUCACAAAGAUUUAAGUAUGACUUAAGAGUUGCACUUAAAUGCCUAGUUGCAUGCGGUAUAAACGGCAUGACCACAAUGGUGAGAUCGUGUCAAGAGGACGCACAAUCAAUAUGAUUGCGCGUUCCUAUAUGCGUCGGCAUUUAAGUGCGACUCUAAGUCAUACUUAGAUCGUUGUGAAACGUCCCCAGGGGCCUGUUGCAGAAAGAGAUGUGUUUAAACAUAAUUCAAAAUAUCAAGCGUAAGUCCUGAAUGCGGGUGCUUCAUUGGCUGAAAAUCAAGUUAAACAAGAUUUUUUUAGUUGCGUUUGAUUGCGACGGGCCCCAGGUCUGGCACCCUUGUUGGACACUGACUUUAUAUGCACUUCCAGUUCCACAUUGAAAUCAUAUAGGCAAGUGCGUUUUAUUUUACAUACAAGAGAAGAAGCUUCAAAGUGUAUUGCAUGUAGAGUAAUUGUUGAAACACCAGUUAUUUGUUGUCUGCAAUAUGUAUGAACCUUUAGGGCACUAAAUGUGAAAAAUACGAGAAAAAAAAACUUGUUUUUAUAUGCAGAUAGUGAUUCUAUAGCAAAAGAUAAAACUGACUAUGAUGCGGUGCCAAUUUUCUACAACUUUUCAGAUAAUAUGUGUGAUAGUAUUUGCUGCAUUGUGACAAUGCUCUAUGGUGUGAUUAAAUCCAUUGUUGAUUAUCUGAACCAUCUCCACCCAAAAAUCAGUGCUGAUAUUUUUAUGCAAACCUAUUUUAAGGACCAUUAGAAUAUUUGCAUCGAUGGUAUAUAUUUCUAAACAUAUUUAUCCAUGUACAAGCUUUGCCAUUCAAAUCUGUGAACUAAUCUUCAAGCACUUCUGUAUGAUAUGUUGUAAUAGAAAACAGUAAUCUUGGAUUUUCAAAAAAAAUGUAUGAUACCAUUUAGGCUACUCAUUUUUGUAAAGAAUGUAUAAUAAUUGUGAAUUAAUGAUUCAAACUGAUCUGUUCUAUGGGCAUGAGUAACCAUAGACCAUCAUAAGUGUGGUCAAUUUGUGAAUAUAUAAUUGCCAAAUUUUGGAAGCAUUAUUGAGAGAGAGUGAAGUAUGAUGAGGUAGGAUCUUAUUUAUUGAAUUUUUCAGAAAUAUCACCUUCCCUCCAAUUUUUUAGAGCCGACAAACUAAAAUCACUUGGUUUUCUUGUACUUUUAUUUAUUCAAAAAGAUAGGAAAUAUAAAAAUUAUCAAAAUAAUGACUUGUGUUGAGUUAAUCUUGAUAAAUUAAACAUCCUGUUCUGUAAACUGCCAUAAUAAAGCUGAUAUAUAUAUAAAUACAUAUUUAAGUAUUAGCAAACUGCUUAUUUCAGUAUGUGGGUUUUCUUUUUAAAGUGUAGAGUUUUCUCUUUUCUUUUGGUGCUUCUGUUUUUACGCAUUACUACUGAAAAAUUCUACUACAGAAAAUUUGAUUCAAGAAUUAAACAACGGAGAAAAAAAACAAGUCCAAGGAGAAUCUAUUUAAAGAGCUCUGCACAGAUAUUACCUAAUCAUUAUUCAGAUUUUUUAUUUUUACACCACUCUACCUUUUUUUCCAACACCUGAUGCAGUAUUGCAUUUGGUAUCUAAUUAAAAUGGAUUAAUAUUUUGAAAUCUCUCUGUGGUGACAUUAAUCUUGUUCACUAUUAUAGGUGCACCUACACCAGGUUUUGCUCAUUCUUUCUAUUUUUACGCCAUUAUUCACCUUUGUAUACAUUGGAUGAAAGUGUAUUUAUAUCAAGCAGUAACCAUAGUUUUACAAUUAUUAGACAAAUUUUCACAAUCUGAAACGAUACAGCUUUAAAUGUAGAAAAUUUCUGUUCAGAAAUAUGUAUGUAUGUAAUUAUGUAUGUAUAACAUAACACUGUAUGCUUUUAUUUUGAUAGGUGACCUUUCUCAGCACUUAUUUUGUACAUAAAACAUGAAAGCAUUGAUAAUGAGAGAGGGUUGGAGACUAGUGAGAAAGUAUGUACAAAGCUAAUCUGCUAUAUCGUGUAUGGUGAAUUGACAACGAACCGUCUGAAUGUAUAGCUCAUUUUACGUUGUCAUGGUGAUUGCUCCAAACAGAACAAGGCUGUAGAUUUCAAUUAAUGGAGAAAAAAUGAAAAUAAAAAUAUAAAAAAACAAAACAUUGUGUGUUGGUGUUGAAAAAAUGAAAGAGGAAGCAAGAGUUGAUAGAAGCAUUUUAUCUUCUCAUAAAGAACUCGGCGAGAAUUAAAUGACUAUCUGCAUUAUCCAUGGGCAGUCACUUCAAUGCGUUUUUAACAUGUUCUUGUGUUCCUGUGAUUGUAUAUUGCUACUUUCCAACCUAUAAUCAUUUGCAUCUGGCAUUAUACUCCUUUUUUUCAAACAUAUAGUCUUUAUAUUUUCCUACAAUAGGAGAAAGGGUUUUUUUCUUGUAGAAGCAAAGCUUAUUUAUGCAUGCUAUACCUCAUAGAAAUGAAUGGGAGUUCUCUGAUGUAACAACUUACCAGUAAUAUUUAUCAACUUUUCACAUCUAUUAAAAAAAUAAUAAUCAAAGCCCUCUCAAAAUAUUAUCAUGACAUUAAACAAUUUCUCACAUACAUACCUAUUUGUGAGAACCUUCCAAAUCAUUGAUAGUAAUUUAUUUUUCAUAUUAUUUCCAUUUUUUCAUAAUAAUUACUGAAUUAUUGGUUGAUGUGAUAUCCUUUUUUGUUCCUGACACUUGAUAUUAUGUCAAGUAGUUUCAGGUAGAGUUUGAGCAGUAUUGGUAGAGAAAAAUUCAGGAAAAUAGUAAACCUGUAGAAAAACACAGUAUUAUUUAUUUCAUUUUUAAAUGAGUAAUAUUAUUAGUAUCUCUUAAGACUUCUAUUACUUUGCUUUGAUGGUGUAUGUACUUGUCACCUCUAUUUUAAUUUCUUAUACUGGUACUAUAACUGUACAAAAGGCUGCUUUUAACUUUAUUCCUGUAUAUUCUUCAAUAACAGAGGGUAAUUCUGAUCUUUGCAUUAGCAAUAUCAUGAUUUUGUUCUUAAAGUAAAUUUCUAAUUAAGUUAUGUUUGGUUUUUGAAUAGCUCCCUUUUUACUACAAAUACAAAUGAAUGUUGGCGUUUGACUGUACAAGCUGAUAUGCGUUGUUAACUGAUGUAUUAUAAUGAUUGAAGUUUACAUGAAAAUAAAGACUCUUUUAGGUGUACUUUUAAGAAUAUGUAAAUUUUCUAACUUUAUUGUGAAUAUACUUGUGAUAAAUAUAUAUUUGUAUGUAAUGUCUGUUUGCUUUACUAGCUGUUUGUUAUUGUAUGUCUCUUACUUCCUUACUGACAAAACAAACUGAGAAGGUAUAAUUUUUCUGUUUUUAUUUUCUUGUGAUUUGCCCUCUUUUUUAAUCAUUAUUAUUGUUAUUGUUAUUAUCCCCUCUUGUAAGCCAAAUGCUCAGAAUUUUACAGAAUAAACCAAAUUAUGUCAACAUCAAA